AGAUAAUACAAGAUACAGUUUUUAAAAUUUUGCGAAUAUUAUUCAGAAUAGUUCGAUAGUUUGAAUUAAAGAGAAGAAAAUUUCUAAACCAGCUUGAACAAAUAUAGCUGAAAUGGAUGAAUGCAAAGAUGAUGACAAAAUUGAGGAUGUGGAACGUUCAAACACUUUCACGAAAACAUCCAAAAAAAAUGAUCUUUCUGUGUUGGACAAAGAUGGAGUGAACAACAAAUCCCCAGACAUAAAAGAUAUUUCACACACUGUUUCAGAUGUACCCGAUUCCUUACCUCCACCAUCGAUUGCACAGCUUAGAGAUGAAGAGAUAACAUCUAACAUUCAGCCUAUCCUGCGUGUUUGCAAACCAGCUUGUGAUGUUCCAUCUUCUGAAACUGAUUCUUCUUCAGAAGGUCACAUUUUGCAAACAGAAGCAGGAUGUAUGGAUCAAAACGAAAUCCAAUCCACAAGUUUGGAAUCUCCAGGUACAUCCAUGGCCAGACUGAGCAGCAAGGAUGUUUCUUUCAAAGAGAAGAAUGACAACAAAGAUGUAAAAGUCACUUCAUCAAAUGAUUCAGAUGGAUCAUCAUCAUCAGAUGAUGAAUGGUGUACUCCUCGAGGUUCAGAAGCAUCUUUGACAUCAAAUAAAGCAGCGAUCUCUAGUCAAGAAACAGAUUCAGAUGCAUCCAUUGAUGAAGUGGAAAGAAUUGAAGAUGUUUUCUACAAAAUAUCCAAGAGAUUUUCCUCAAAGCUUUUCAAAGUUUUUGCUCAGGCUGGAACUGGACUUGCAUUGAGCAUGGAUGAAGUAACAUCUAUAAUAGAAGAUAACCAAGAAUCAAUUGAAGAACAGAAAAUACAAAUGUUAUGGCUUUGGAAAGAAAAAAAUGGUGGGUUUUUAAAAUGA